AUGAAGAAAUCGGCCAGGGUUGAGAUUGAAGAAAUAGAAGAACUGGAACCCCUUUUCGAUUACAGUCGUGUUCAGCCUUUCAACACUAUUGAAAUUGAUGAUGAUCCUUUGGACUGUCCUCCCGUGGGUUGUAAGAAGAAGCCAAAGAUAAUUGAUGCUGCUGCUGUUGUGAAGGAUGGUAAAAAGGCAGCCUCUAUUGUAAUUGAUUGUGAUGAUGAAGAUUGGUUUCCUCCAUCCCCAAAAGUAACAAAUGAUAUUUCAACUGUCACUGAGGAUUCUACUAGAAGAGAGUUGAGAUUAAGGAGGCAGGAGUUGGCAUCAGUUGCCAAAUCAGCAGAGGAAGUCUUAAGAAAUGUUGAGGAACAAGUGAAACGUGAAUUUGCUGCUGCAGAAUCUAUGGAAGAUGAAGUAGACGCCUCACUGCAACCUCCUAAAAAAUCUGGUGGACAGCCAUCGAAGGAUUCCGAUGACAGACCGAAAAUUGUUAUUUCACUCCAGGACCAGAAUGGACCAACGCAAUAUAGAGUUUUCAAGGAUGAUCCAUUAGAGAAGGUUUUCAAAAAGUUUGCCGAGAAGGUCGAGCUUGAUUUGCAGAGCUUAGUUUUUGUAUUUGAUGGGGAUAAAGUUAGUCCAAAGGCUACCCCCGCUGCUCUUGAGAUGGAGGAAAAUGAAAUUAUCGAAGUGCAUGUGAAAACAAAGUGA